GGUCUAUUAUUUUUCUUGGGCUCGGGGCGUGUAUUUUGCCCUGAUUCAUCCGCUCCAUGCAGGGUCCCCGACCCAGUCUCUCUCGCGAUUGUGAAUUUGAUCCCCGGGGGUUGGGGGCAGAGCUAGCUGUUUGAACCACAAGGGGAAAGUUGGGGAGCUGGAGAAAUAUUGGGCGCCCUUUUUGGUCAUUUUGGUGGAAGCAGGGAGGGGUGGGCUUGAUUUUAUAUUGAGACGCCGAGCCGGCUGGAGGGCGAGAAUGCUUUUCCCUGCUAGGACCUGAUGCAAUCCAUUCAAGCCAACAAGUUUGGAGAGAAUGUUGAGUUCAAUCAAUUCAGAACGUCGAGAUGGAGCUCAGCUCACUCCAGUGGGUCGGCUCUCCGUGUGGCUUGCACGGACCGUACAUUUUCUACAAGGCUUUUCAGUUCCACCUUGAAGGCAGACCAAGAAUUUUGUCCCUUGGCGACUUUUUCUUUGUAAGAUGUAAGCCAAAGGAUCCGAUUUGCAUAGCCGAGCUGCAGCUGCUGUGGGAAGAGAGGACUAGCAGACAACUUUUAUCCAGCUCCAAACUUUAUUUCCUCCCCGAAGAUACUCCCCAGGGCAGGAAUAGCGACCAUGGCGAGGAUGAAGUGAUUGCAGUUUCCGAAAAAGUGAUUGUGAAGCUUGAAGACCUGGUCAAGUGGGCACAUUCAGAUUUCUCCAAGUGGAAGUGUGGUCUCCGGGCCGGGCCAGUAAAACUUGAAGAAUUAAGCAAAAAUGGACAGAAGGAAGCUUUGCUCAAAUACAGGCAGUCAACCUUGAACAGCGGACUCAACUUCAAAGACGUUCUAAAGGAAAAGGCAGACCUUGGUGAAGAUGAUGAAGAUUCCAAUGUGAUUGUCCUCAGCUAUCCCCAGUACUGUCGCUACCGUUCCAUGCUGAAGCGUAUUCAAGAUAAGCCAUCAUCCGUGCUAACAGACCAGUUUGUGUUAGCCCUAGGUGGAAUCGCCGUGGUCAGCAAGAACCCACAAAUCCUUUACUGUCGGGACACUUUUGACCACCCAACCCUAAUAGAAAAUGAGAGUAUAUGUGAUGAGUUUGCUCCAAAUCUUAAAGGAAGGCCACGUAAAAAGAAACCGUGCCCUCAGAGAAGAGAUUCGGUAAAUGGCAUUAAGGAUUCCAGCAGUAAUUCAGAUGGAAAAACUAUUGCCAAGGUGAAAUGUGAGGCCAGAUCAGCCUUGGCCAAGCCCAAGAAUAACCACAGUGGCUGUAAAAAAGGCUCCAACGAAGAGAAAUCAAAGGUCGCCAUUGGGGAAGAAUGCCGGGCCGAAGAACAGGCCUUCUUAGUGGCCCUUUACAAGUACAUGAAAGAAAGGAAGACGCCCAUAGAACGAAUUCCCUAUUUAGGGUUUAAGCAGAUUAACCUUUGGACUAUGUUUCAAGCUGCUCAAAACCUGGGAGGAUAUGAAACAAUAACAGCCCGCCGACAAUGGAAGCAUAUUUAUGAUGAAUUAGGGGGUAAUCCAGGGAGCACGAGUGCAGCUACGUGUACACGCAGACAUUAUGAAAGAUUAAUACUCCCAUACGAAAGAUUUAUUAAAGGAGAGGAAGAUAAGCCCCUGCCUCCAGUAAAGCCUCGAAAACAGGAGAAUGCUGCCCAGGAGAGUGAGAGCAAAACAAAACUGUCUGGAACUAAACGCAUCAAAAGUGAAAACCCAAAGAACAAAAAAGAAAAAGACAAUGCCGCGAAGCCCCAGGACUCCUCAGAGGUCUCAUCGGAGCAAGAGAAGGAGACGCCAGAUCAGAGGAGUCUGACCGCAGCAGAAUUGAAGAAGCAGAUGGAAGGAAUCCAAGACUGUGCAGCCGAGGUGCUUGUGGCCGGAGCAGACCCAGGCAAAGACUCGAAGGACCAAGGUUCCAACAAGGAGAAAGCCGAGGAGGCCAUGGAGAAGGAGGUGGAGGCGCCAUCUUCUUUUUCAGGCGUUCCAGUCCUCCCUGAGGACGAGGCAGCCCCGAUCCCAGGGGUGGGCAAAGAGUUGCACCCAUCGCCUGAUGUCCUUGUUGGCAUGAAGCAAGAGCCUCAGACCUGCAGUUUUACAGAGGGCCCUGAAAAUGAGCUUCAGGAAACCCCCUUUGGCAGUUUCCCCACCAUGCAGUUGCCUUUGGCGAGCCAGAAUGAGAUGGAAGACGACAAGCUGCCCGUGAUGGCCGAUUACAUCGCCAACUGCACCGUCAAAGUGGACCAGCUUGGCCACGAUGACAUCCACGAUGCUUUGAAACAGAACCCCAAGGUCCUUGUGGUCCAGUCGUUUGACAUGUUCAAAGACAAAGAGUUGACAGUCCCCGUCCAUGACGACCCUGCAUUUAACUACACCCCCUUGCUUUACUCGCGGGGUAAUCCGGGCAUCAUGUCCCCACUGGCAAAGAAGAAACUCCUGUCCCAGGUGAGCGGGGCCAGUUUAUCGAGCAGCUAUCCCUACGGCUCCCCUCCCCCUUUGAUCAGCAAAAAGAAAAUGACUAGCAGAGAUGAACUGUGUUCAGGUUUGUCCCAAGCCCAUCACGGUCCCAACGCAGACCACAUGGUGGUCAGCCGGCCAUCGGUCAUACAGCAUGUGCAGAGCUUCAAAAGCAAGACUUCGGAAGAAAAAAAGGUCAUCCAUGAAGUCUUUAAGCAGGACAAAUUAGGCAAGCCAGAUCCCCAUCGCUGCAGUUUCUCCAAACAUCACCUUAACCCCCUCUCCGAGGCGUAUGUACUGAAGUCAGAGAUAGAGGAGAGCAAAGAUAAACUGAUGGACAAAAGGGCGCUCCAGCAUUCCCACGUGCCCAGCUUCCUGGCAGACUUCUAUUCAUCUCCCCAUCUACACAACCUUUACCGACACACAGAGCACCACCUUAAUAGCGAACAGACAUCUAAAUAUCCCCCCCGAGACAUGUAUAGAGAAUCAGAAAAUAUUUCUACUUUUCCUUCACAUAAACACCAAGAAAAACUCAGUGUAAAUUAUCACGCGUCUUUGCAUCUGCAAGACAAAAAGACGGCAGCGUUGGAAGCCUCUUCGGAUGAUCAGCCCACAGAUUUGAGUCUUCCAAAGAGCGCGCAUAAGCAGACUGGAAAAGCCCUGGGCCUGGCUCAUUCGUCACUGGGGCAGCAGGAAGGCAAAAAUAUUUCGCAGUUUCAGGUGAUGAGCAGCCAGACAAAUCGAGACUGUAACCCCAAAGCCUGCCGAGUGUCCCCCAUGACCAUGUCGGCCCCCAAAAAAUACGUUGAGUCUCUUCCUAGGUCUGGAAAGCCUCACCAUGUGAGACUGGAAAAUUUAAGGAAGAUGGAGGGGAUGGUUCAUCCGAUCUUACACCGCAAAGCCAGCCCCCAGAAUAUCGGCGCGGCGCGGCCGUUAAAACGGAACCUGGAGGAUUUGGAUCUUGUGAUUUCGGGCAAGAAAAUCCGAGCGGUGUCUCCCCUGGAUUCAGCCAAGGAGACCUCGGCAAAGGACAAAAGCUCGGAACAGGAUGGUGAAAGCACCAAGCCAGCUUCUAGCGGGCACGCCAGCAGCACGUUGGAGAGCCACAAGUUCCCCCUCUCUUCUCCUAUCUUCACAGGGUUGUAUCCAGGAUCCCUGUGUUCGGGUCUCAAUUCCCGGGUCCCCGCUGGAUACUCUCACCCUUUGCAGUACUUGAAAAACCAGACUGUGCUCUCUCCGCUAAUGCAACCCUUGGCUUUCCAUUCGCUCGUGAUGCAACGUGGAAUCUUCACAUCCCCGGCAAAUUCUCAGCAGCUCUAUAGACACUUAGCUGCGGCCACCCCUGUAGGAAGUUCCUACGGGGAGAUUUUGCACAACAGCAUCUACCCUUUAGCUGCUAUAAAUCCUCAGGCGGCCUUCCCAUCUUCCCAGCUCUCCUCCGUACACCCCAGUACAAAACUGUAAACUUAGCCUUCCAAAGCAUCCGAAUGAAAAUGUCCAAUCUCAUAGCUCCGUUCCUUACCCCGGGAUGACAUCUGGAAGAAGGAGCGGUCAGUAGUCCUUCUCAGCUAGGGCUCAGGAGCCACCCUGGGAAUUGAAUGAAUAGGUCUCGGAUUGGGGUAAGGCUACGCUUUGGCUAGGUUGGUCUGAACCCCGUUCCCAUACCGAUGACCUUCCCAACCUCCAAAUCAUUUCACUUUGCACACGAGUUUUGUGAAGGGAUUUACAACGUCCAAAAAUUGCUAAAAGGGACCCCCGUCUGCCCUCAGAUUGUCGGGCCUGAGCUAGAAAGUUGGCAGUUCAGAGGAGGGGAAAAGGAAGACUAUAGCGAAUCCACCCAUCAAGGGAUGCCCAUCGUUGGGCGGCUUGUUUUGACUUUUCAAGGUUCAAUCAAUGCAAUGUAUAGUAAAUCUGCAGUCUUUCUUUUUGACACUAUUAAGCCGUAAAAGUAAACACUGUUCAACUGACUGUAUAGACUUGCUUCUUCAAAAGGUACCUGUAUUCGUUUGUUCACAUAAUUUAUAUACAGGUAGUUCCAUCUCCCCUUCCUCCUCCCCAGUUUAUUCUGUCCUAUUUUUUUUAAUUAAACAAUAUCAUUUUGUUGGCAGGUCUUUUGUUUCUGUUUCCUGUUGUUGUUGUUGUUGUUGUUGUUGUUGUUUUUAGAGGCUGUCCUACUUGUUGAUGUGUGUAUAAUUUUUCCACAUCUUAUCAUUUGGAGCAGCUUUGGGUGGUAAAGUUAUUGUUUACAAAUUGAAGCAACCAAUUCAAGUGGAACAAAUGAGAGAGAGAGAGAGAGAGAUACGACAAAUCACACGAUGGUGCAAAAGCCAAGUUCAUUUUUCAAUCUGCAACUUAGGGAUUUUGUUCCUUCUACACGGCAGGGCCGAAAGAACUUCUCCACUGUGUGUACCCAGCCAAAGGCUUUGCUUUGAAGUGUUGGGUUCUGUGAAAAUGUUCAGCAUUGUACUUACCUUAUCGAGGCUGUGAAACUGUCCUACAUACCAGAGGAAUCAUAAAAACACAAACUUCAUUGGCAACAAACUACAGAAUAACAACCAAGUCCAGAGGACAUAUUUGUGGGCUGUACAGAUAUUUUAGGAAUUCCAGAAAUCAAAGCAGGAGCCAAAAUGAUCUCCACUGAUGUUGGGUCGAAACCCUUUAAGAGGCUGAGGAAAGAGGGCUGGGGGUGGGGGCUAGAGGGCACGGGGCGGGGGGGGGGGUAGGUUGGGAAGAGAGGAGGUAGAAUGGGAAAGAAUGCCCAGACACCCAAUACUCACCCCCAGCUGAGCUGUCCCAAGAGCCAUCACUGGCCUGAUCAAGUUGGUCUCUUAUAGAGCCAAAGAAGAGCCCACUGCCACCCACGUCAUCAUGGCUUAUGGAUUAGAAUUGGAGCACCCACGUCAAAAAAGAAACUCAUCUUUGGUUGCAAGGGCAGUGUUGUCGUGGUGGCUGUUUUAACCAGCAGCCUAUCUGGCAACAGGUUUUGCUUCAUGUUUGCUUCUGUUGUCCAAUAUAAAUGUUCACGCUGGUCAAGCCAUCGAAAGAUGUGGAUAAUUUAUUCUGCCUCUGUUACAUUGGUUACCAAGGCGUAACCACAGAGUGUUUCAUUUUCAAAACGUUUUGUCAGUCAAAGAAAAUGGUGGGUUUCCUUGUAUCCUUCCCCCAGAAUCGCUCCCCCUCCAUGCAUUGAUGGUCAUUAUGUUAAAGCCCUCCACCACCACCCUUCCCUGUAGACGUUAGUUCCCUGCUUAACCGAGAGUUUAUUACUUUUUUUCUUCCUCUGAGAUGUUUUGCUGUAUGAAAAUUGAGGACAAUUUUCAACUUCUAAAUAAGCAACUCGCCUGCAGAAUUUUCAGAACUGGUAACCGUCAAACUUGAGGCUGUAAAACAAAGCCAUGCAUGCGAUGCAUUUAUUUGUAUUGAAACGUCACCACGACAUAAAGCCAAAUAUCUAAUGUAACAUACAUACUUAAUAUCCAAAGGUGAAAACAAAAGAAUGUAGCCAUCAAGUGUUUAAAAAAGUUCCAUUUGCUUCAAUUAAUUACUUACCUUCCUGUGGAAAAAACAAACAAACACGUAUGUGUGUGUAUGUAUAUGUAUGUGUACAUACAUAUACGAGAGAAUAUUAAAUAAACUAAUAGACUUUAGGUUAUACGUGUGUGAGUGCAGAUUAUCCUGCUAUUGCACAAGAGAGAGAGCGAGAGAGAGAGCGCGCGAGAGAGAGCGAGAGAGAGAGAGAGAACAUCCCAAUCCCAGCUGGUUUCCUUCCAGCAGGGACGCAUAUAAGGAAGUUGCACUAGUUAUGAAUCGUGACAGAACCAGAGAAUAUGAAAGAAAAACAACCCCAUGGCCACACCACAGUAAACGAGCUUGUUUAAAACAAAAUAGGAGCUUCCCUUUUUCCGAGGGUCGCCUAGAAAUUGUGGACCUAGGGGCAUUUGUUUUCUGCAACGCACUGAUCUCACUUUGGUUCCAUCAGGUUGGAAUUGGGUCACGCCAUUUUCAAAUCCCAUUAAUAGAAGCCAGCAUUCAUUUUUCUCAUUUGUUGCAAGAGGAGAUUCACUGUUUCUCUCUGAGGGAGAUCAGAUGCUAGGUGAAACCUCAGGACCACUAACAGAGAGACGGUGGGACUCCCUCCCUGCAGAAGCAGUGAGUUAUUUGUUGUUGUUGUUGCUAUUGUUGUUAUUUUUUAAUUCUCAACCAAAAUCUUGGAAUUCUUUCUCCCAAAAAGACCAUUGAAUUCCUCAUUGGAUGAGAAAGACUCUUUUUUUUUUUAAAGUCUUACACGGGGCUUUGUUUGUAUUGUUUGAGUCCAAGGGGCCUUAUUAUUGAAUGGAGUUGUGCAAGCCUUUUGUUGUGCAACCAAACCAUUGUUAUUGGUAGUUUUGUAAAGGAAACUGUGGAAUCUAAUGGGCAACAGAGUCAUAAAUCUAUUUACUGAGAACAGCUUCCAAGAAAUGUUGCAAUUCCAAAUGCACUUAAGUUCAUGAUUCAUUGGAUAUUUCGGAGGUUAUAAGAUUUAAAUAACACCCUCACCCCUGCUAAAAAAAAAAAAGAAAACACAAAAACAGCUCUUCUGUGUUAUUUAGAGUUUGACUUGAGCAAACUCGCCUUUAAAAAGAGAGCCCAGCUGAGUUUCAGGGUUCAGUGUCUUCCGAAUAAAUGAUUAGAAUGUGGACUAUUUGCAACUGGACUGUCUUAUUUAACUAGUUAUUGGAGACUCUCAGUUCACAUUUAUCAGAGGAUAAAGCGUGGUUUGUUCGAGCCCAAUAUUGACUUUACAAUUUACUGAACUGGUGCAUGAGUUCUGAAGUACUGUAUCUUACUAUGUUGCUGUGUCUCAUGGCAGUUUUGAGUUGGUCCCACAAAAAUCUUUUAUGUAGUGUGCCUUCAAAGAGAGCAGUUCAUUUUUCUCUUCACUGAUUGUUCCAUACGGUCACAUUUUGUGGUGGUCAGCCAAGGCCCAUCUGGUCCAAUUUUCCAAUUGUCCCAAUCUUAACAAGGAAUGGGAAUGAUUUUCACUCUGGCGAGACCCACACCAUUGAAACGAUCGUCAUAAGCACUUAACUCCAGUGUUGGCUGUAAAUGUAUUUGAUAUUCUGCUUGUCUCCCUAUGGUUGAAAUAUGUUUGAAGAAAAGGCAGCAUAAUCUCUUGGCUGUUUAUACUUUUUUAAACUUUUCCUUUGUUGUAAAUAUUGUAUACUUUUGGUGAUUCGAGUUAUGUAACCUCUAUGCUCUGUAAGGUGGUUAUUUGUAUAUAGUAAAAUGGCCCAGUGAUAUUAUAGACUUUCCCAUGGAGGAGGUUAUUGAGUAACCUCCACGUUAGUUUGAACACUACCAGAAAUAAAGCUGAGCCACUAUAAACACUCGAUUUUGUAUGUUUUCCAAAUUGUACUUAUUAAUGCUUUUGAUACUGUAUCACGUGCCAAUAGUUUCCCAAUCACAUAGCAGGCAAGAGAUAUUUUGUACUUUUUGAUCCACUGUAAUAUUUAAUAAAAAAUGUUACUAUCUGUU